UCAUAAAAUAAGCAGCAGGUCAGAUGCGAAACAAGAAGAACGAAAAGUCGGUUUAUUUGAAAGCCAAAAAUAAGAAAUAAAAAAUACAAAAAAAAAAAAAAAGGGGGACCUUGUAACCCAAGUAAAGAACAGAUAUAGAAAAGCGUAUCCAUUUACAUAGAUAAAAUCCCAAAAUCCACUCCAAACAGCAACGACCGGCACCGUCCAUUUUAUCAAACUCGAUUCGAUCAUCUGCUGUCUGUCUUCAUAGUUUCAGCUCAAACGAGUGAAGUUUGAAAAAAGAAAAAGGAAAAAUGGCUUCUCUAAGUCUUGUUGGACCACCGGAGCUCCACAGCCCCAUCCCAAAACCCGAAUCCACCGACACCUUCAUUGACAUGCUCGCCUCCACCUUCAACAAAACCGAUCUUGCCCCAAAUCCAAAAGGGCCUCCUAUUGGCUUGACCGAGAACGAUUCCCCAACCUAUCUCUCCUCCGGCAACCCCUGCCUCGAUUUCUUCUUCCAUGUCGUGCCCGACACUCCUCUCGAAUCUCUAUCCCAAAAGCUCCGUUUGGCCUGGGACCACAAUCCCUUAACCACGCUCAAGCUUAUUUGCAAUUUACGUGGGGUACGUGGCACUGGUAAGAACGACAAGGAAAGCUUCUAUACCGCUGCGUUUUGGCUCUUCGACAACCAUCCCAAGACCCUUGCUUGCAACGUCGGGUCGUUUGCCGAUUUUGGUUUCUUCAAGGAUUUGCCGGAGAUUCUCUAUCGGCUUCUGGAAGGUCCUGAAGUGAGGCAGACACAGAAGGCCGAGUGGUUGCAGAUAAAGGGUUCAUCAAGAUCAAAGGCUUCCAGUUUCGGACCUUUCGGCUUGCGUGGUAGACCUUUAGGAGGAAUUGGAUGGCGUGGUGGACGAUCUUUCAAGAAAACCGGAAGGGUUAAAGUUAGACACGCCUUGUCGAGGGAGGUUAGGGUCAAUAGAGCAGAAGAGAGGGCUGUGAGGGAGAAGGACAGGGCCAGAGAGUCGAGGAACCAGAAGAAGAUCGCCAUGGCCAACAAGGUCGUUGAGAGAUACAAGAGUGACCCCCACUUCAUGUUCUUGUAUGAAAAAAUCUCCGAUCACUUCGCUGAAUGCUUAAAGGCUGAUAUUGGGUUCUUGAAUUCAAAAGAGUACACCAAGAUUAGCUUGGCUGCCAAAUGGUGUCCUUCCAUCGAUUCCUCUUUCGACCGCUCCACUUUACUCUGCGAAAGCAUUGCCAGGAAGGUGUUCCCCCUAGAAUCUUACCCUGAAUACCAAGGAAUCGAGGAGGCACACUAUGCUUAUAGAGUCAGAGACAGACUGAGGAAGGAAAUCCUUGUUCCUCUGAGGAAGGCCUUGGAAUUGCCCGAGGUUUACAUUGGAACCAACCACUGGGAUUCAAUUCCAUACAACAGGGUUGCCUCUAUGGCUAUGAAGUUUUAUAAAGACAAGUUUUUGAAGCAUGACAAGGAGCGUUUUCUAAAGUAUUUGGAGGAUGUGAGAGCCGGCAAGUCCAAAAUUGCAGCGGGAGCAUUGCUUCCCCACGAGAUUGUAGCCGCUCUAUAUGACGAUGACGGCGAUGGGGAAAUUGCUGAGCUUCAGUGGAAAGCAAUGGUGGAUGGUUUAUUAAAUAAAGGAAAGUUGCAUAACUGCCUUGCUGUGAGUGAUGUUGCUGCAAGCAUGGAUGGGACUCCCAUGGAGGUCUCUGUUUCAUUGGGUUUGUUGGUCUCUGAAUUAAGCGAAGACCCUUGGAAGGGAAAGAUCAUCACUUUCAGUGAGAACCCUCAGCUCCAUGUGAUACGAGGAGAAGAUCUUCGAUCGAAGACCGAGUUCGUGAGACACAUGGAGUGGGGCGAUUGCACCAAUUUCCAGAAGGUGUUCGAUCUGAUUCUGCAAGUGGCUGUUAAUGGAAACUUGAAAGCAGAGCAGAUGAUUAAGAGGGUGUUUGUGUUCACUGACAUGGAGUUUGAUCAAGCUUCAAAGACCAAGUGGGAGACUGACUAUGAGGCGAUAAAGAGGAAAUUUGGAGAGAAAGGCUAUGAAGAAGCGGUGCCAGUGAUUGUGUUUUGGAAUUUAAGAGAUUCCAGUUCAACUCCAGUUGUUGCGCAACAAGAAGGGGUAGCUUUGGUCAGCGGUUUUUCGAAAAAUUUGAUGAAUUUGUUUUUGGAUGGCAGUGGAGAAAUAGACCCUGAAUCUAUCAAGGGGGAAAUAGACCCUGAAUCUGUCAUGGAAUCGGCUAUAUCCGUUCCUCUGUUUUUCCCCAUAUAAAUCUCUGUUGGUCAUCUCUGGGCAAGGCCAAAUAUACUUAGGCGAUGCAUUUACUUGAAGUCAACCAUCAGCAGAGCCACCUGAGAUUAAAUUGCUUGUUGUGUAUGGCAGAGGAUGCAGAAUAUAUACUCGUCAAUCUCAAAACCAAAGACUUGAAGUUUAAUGCAAUUGCAAAGUAAAUUUGGUGAUGUCUGCUUUUAAUGAUCGUAUAUACUUUUCUCCUUCUUCUAUUACUUCUUCUUCUCCUUCUUCUUGAUCAAAUCGUUAUUGGUCUUAUUGGCAACUUUGCAUGGAAUUUUCUCCCACUCAACUGUCAUUAAUCAAUACUACAAGCCAUACGUAGCUUAAUAGUCAAGAGCCAAAGCCUAGCUUUCAACGGUGAUGCUCUUCCAUUAAUAUAAAAUGUUACCUGCAUAGCUAGCAGGUUUACGAGUUUUUACAUGUUAUUUUUCAGGGGUAAUAUUUCACAUGUAAUAUUUUACAUGUAAAUUUGUAGAGGUAGUUUUCUCUAGAUGACUAUGGUAUAGCAGCACCCUUUCAUGUGAUGUUUGAUGACGUAGUGAAGCCUUCCUUCUCCCA